CGUAACCAGAGCAACAACAGUCCUACACGGAUGUUCCGGCAAGGCCCGCCUCGUUUUCCGGCUAAUUUCCCCCAGCCGGAAAAACCGGGAUGGAACAACAACGCAACUUCCGCCGAGAGUUCUGAAACUUCUUCUGAAAGCAGUUCCGGAUCCAGCGAAGGCAAAACGUCUGACGUCAGUUCCGGUUCUUCAAGUUCUUCCGGGAGCGACAAAAGCGGAUCCAGCGAUUCCUCCAAAACGUCAUCCACCACCAGUUCCGAGAGCCGGAAAAAGAAGAAAAAACGCGGGUACUUCCGGCGGAUGUGGAAAUCGUCCCCCGAGGAACACCUCCUGCUCAAGAUGGCGGUCUGGUUCCCGAUCGGCCUCGUCUUAUCCUUUGCUUUCUACUUCAUGGUAAUCGAUAAACUCAACAUGAAGCCGGCGCUCAAACAGUUCAUCGGGGCUGUCAUUGGUUUCCUGCUGUCACUGACAUUUGCUGUCAGUGUCCAGAUGAGGUGUGUCAUGACGCUCGUCAUACCCACCUUCCUCGGCAAGGCGGGGCGGUCGUACUUGUCGGCCUUCGCGCUGGUGUACCUAAUUAACGGGCCAAUUACCAACAUCGUUGAUAACGGGAAGGAGAUCGUGCGAUCACUGACGUGCACGUCAUCGCUGAUGGCCAAUCACACGAAGGAAAAGUGGAGGCUCCGUCUACAUCCGGUGGAAAACGCUUUUGGUGACCUUGCCAAAGAUGGCUUCCUCUUCAAAAAGGCAGCCAAGGCGAUCGACAAGGCGUUUAAACCUCUGAGGGGCGAGAUCGAAUCCAACGAAGAAGAGAGUCAAAAGCUGCAAGAGGACAUAAAGAAAGCCCAGAAGUUGAACGAGGAGGCGGAGAAAGCUGCUGUCUCUAAGGAGGGGGAGGGGAAGGAGAAGAUCUUGGAAACUAAUGAGGAGCUUGGUAAAAAAGUGGAGGCAGAGUGGGAGAAAAAACAGGAGCUUCGCUGUCAGGACAUCUUUACUAAAGGAGUUGUUCGGUGUGUAGAGGAGCUAGGAAAGCUACAUGGUCGGUGCAUGGACAAACUCUGGCUACUUGGCUACCUGUUUUGCUGGCCACUCAAGAUCACCGCCUUCUGCAAGCUGAUCACUCUGCUGCCCGGUGCCCUGGGCAUGUCCUGCAGCAAGUUGAAGGUCGUGGAGCCAGGCUUUGGGCAGACGUACAUUGCUGCCCGGGCAGUCAUAGACGACAUGGAGAAGGGCAUGGAGGUAAAAAUGCAGUAUAAAAUUGUCGGUGACGUUGAGGCCGUCGACUACACCCCUGUGGAGGAAAUGCGACAGGCGACCAUCCAAGAAGUCACCCAAAAAGCUGACCUGAUGAGUUUUCUGCUCUCCAUCAUCUCCUACAUACUCACCUUCGCCUUCAUCCUCAUCUUCAAAAGUGCUUACGACUAUAACAAGAAAUACCUGACAGAGUUCAGCUUUGACAACAUCUACGUCACACGAUACUUCCGGCGCAUCGAUGCCAGACGGAAGGACAGGGAGAAGAAAACCUUGCUGCCACUCAAGAAAUACGAGAGCAAAGACAUCAUCUUCCCGUCAGACAGAAGUAAUGUUGGCCAUUGUUAUAUGGAUGGCCUACUGUAUCAGAUCCUGGACAUCGUGUCAAGAAACAGUGCCGUAGAGUACCACCAGGAAGGUGAACACGUCAUCAACAUUAAGGUAGGAGGCAACGGUUUCAUGAGCGCCCUCGUGAGGAGUUUUCUGGAGAAGUUCAACACGAACCAGACCCUGAACAAGAUCUCCACCAACCACGCCUGCCUCCCCAACCCCUCCCGCACCGAGCUGACCCUCAUCGUCUUCCUCUUCCUCACCUACUUCAUCAUCUUGAUUUUUAUUUACUUCGAGGCCUUUGGUCUCAGGCUAAGACGGGUGAUUGCGUCAUUUUACUACCGGAAGAGAGAGAAGAAGAGAGUUCUCUUCCUUUACAACGAAAUGUUCCGGAAACGACUGGGAUUUCUCAAGCACAUGCGCAAACGGGUCAGAAAACAGAUCAAGGAAAGGGAGCUACAGAACAAAAUUGGGCUGAUAGUUGCUCUACAGAAACAGUUUCCCCGGCUGUGUGGGUGUCUGAGGGUGUUCCAGUCCAACAAAGCCAGCUGCAUCAUCUGCAACGACCCCGAGGACAAGGAGUUCCACAUCUGUGGCACCAAGGGGUGUGGCAUCGCCUACUGUCGUCUGUGCUGGAAGGACAUCAAGAGAAAGUGCUAUGCGUGUGGCAAAGACACAGACAGUGACGUCACCGACGUGGAAGAUUUGACGUCAGACAGCGCCCCCUCUGAUGAUAGUGACCUCAAUGAUUGAGCAGCAUUUUGUGUGGCAGUGUUGACGGG